GCCAUGUCCCAGGCUUGAUGCACUGUGUCAUGUAGCAAAAUCUUAGUCAUCCUUCCAAGUGGGGUGGUCUACGGGAGUGGGAGUCAGAGACCCGAGUUCAAACCCUGAGUAGGCUGCUUACCAUCCACAUGCUUCUAGAUCUGUUCUUUGACCUUCAAGAAACCUUUCCUGAGCACCCUUCUCUGACCUCCCCACAAGAUCCACCGGUGUCCUUUCCUGCAUCCUGGGAUCUUAUUUCCUUCCCUUCCCCGCCAGUGGUAACCACCCUCCUGAGGCUGGCACGACCAGGUGUGGGGGGCACACCGUUCCCCUCUCUGGCCCCGCCGAUCACGCUGCUGGUGGACGGGAAGCAGCAGACACUGGUGGUCUGCCUGGUCCUCGAUGUUGCACCCCCAGGCUUUGGGGGCCCCAUCUGGUUCUCAGCUGGCAAUGGCAGCUCCCUGGAUGCUUUCACCUACGGCCCUUCCCCAGAGGCUGACGGCACCUGGACUAGCUUGGCUCAGCUCUCUCUGCCCUCCGAGGAGCUGGCAGCCUGGGAAAACUUGGUCUGCCACACAGGGCCUGAGGCUGGUGACCGCAGCCAGAGCACACGGCCCCUACAGCUGUCAGGAGAGGCUCCCUCAGCCAGGACCUGCCUCUGGGAGCGUCUAAGGGGGACGCGGGGCCAGGCCCUGCGGCUGGGGGCGCUGAGGCUGCUACUCUUCAAGCUGCUGCUGUUGGACGUGCUCCUGACCUGCAGCCGCCUCCGCGCCCCACCUUCCGCGCUGGGGGACCCCGGGCUCCCCGCGCCACCCACCUGCCGGCAGGCGCCCAGUGGUCUCGCGCAGCCUCCGCCCGCGGGCGGGCCCUCAGCCCUCGCCGCCUGGAUUGGUGGCUGUGCUGGAGGGGCCACCGGCCCAGGGCUCACCGUACCCGCCCCGCUGGCGCCGCAGCCCCACCGUUCUGGCCAGGAGCCCCCCUAGAGCCCAGGCUGAAGGAGGGGACGCUCUCUACCCAUCGAGCUUGGGCCCGGUGCUCAUGAGCCUCCCCGAAAUUCCUUCCUUAAGGCUUGCAGUAUUUGUUUGUGACCUGCCUUCUCCUGCAGAUGGAAGUUUCCGGGGCAGGGCUCUGUCUCCUGUCCCAGACUGAGGCCUUCUCAGGGAGGAGGGUGGUAUGCCACAGGUAUUGAGACAUUUGAGGGGCAGAGAACUGAGAACAAUUAAAGGAGAACGUAAAUGACACAAACGAAA